AUGGACGAUUCACCUCAGAAGUCCGUAUCAAGCUUGCGCUCCCGCUUCGAAUCCAUAAAAGUGAAUAGCCCGUCUACCUCCAGCCCUACUACUCCUCUAGCUCGAGAUUCCGGUGCUUCAACUCCUGUCGAAACUCCAUUACGUUCGAGGUUUGACCAGGCUGCUCAAGAGACGAGGACCGGCCGACCUUCAGUAGAUAUCCGUAGAGACUCCGAAAAGCCGCCUGUUCCCUCAAGACCGGACACUACCCUCAAGGCUCCCGUUCCCAAAGCUCGUCCCCUGUCAAUUGCUGGUUUAAAAUCUACUGCCCCACCCACCGUAACAGUUGAAUCGCCGAAAUCACCCCCCAAGCAACCCUUGACCCAUGGCGCACCCGGUGUACCGCCGGUUCCCUCUCCUCGAGGCUCCAAAAAUCCUUCUCCGUCUAGAACUCCUCCUCCACCGGUAGCACCCCGGCCGAAAUCGUUAGCUGCGAAACCAGAUGGGUAUUUCACACAGGAGGCUGCAGGUCCGGAAUUCAGCAUAUCACAAAAGAAGGCUCCGUUGAGCCAGACGAUGCAAGCUCUGCGAGAUUAUCCGACACCCAGUGCUUUGAAUGCUAGAAGGAACGGUUCCACCAGUGAACCUUUGGCUCCGAUACCACCUCCAAGACCUGCUAGAUCUCGAGAAUCACUGCUGAGUCGGUCGACCACCGAACCUGUUCAAGAAGCAAGACAGGCUACGUCAGCGCCACCACCGCCACCGCCGCCGCCAGCGAGGUUAUCAGUCAAGACGAAUGGGACUCGGAGCAAGGCAACGUCAGUUUGUAGCGAAGAGGAGCGGUUGUCGCCAUUUAGUUCUCCCCCUAGUGACGAUGAGGUUACGGCAGACGUACCAAUUCCCAUUUCUACGAGCCGGCUGUCUAAGCAAUUCGAAGGCUACUCGCCAUUCUCGAACCCACCCCCCGCACCGUCCACCGAAAAGCGCACGAAACCGCCUCCACCGCCUCCACCUCCGGUGACAAGGCCGACAGCUCCGAAACCUUCAUUCGCACCCCCACAGCCGUCAGCAAGAGAUUUACCAAGAGCUUCAUUAUCCCAGGAGAGAUCCCGGUCAGAAGAUGUUGGACCUACAGAGUUCCGACCUUCACUCCCACCUCGCCCUUCUAUGGACAUCGGAAGGCCCAUGGCCAACAGGGGCCGUAGCUCGUCCCCACCAAAGCCAUCGCUGAUCGCUUCUCCGAACGUUGACCCCAACGAGCUUCUUAAGAUGCCGCCACCUCCGAAGCGUAUACAGUCGAAUCUCAAGUCCUCUAGCCCAGCCCGAGCUUCAACUAGUCACAUCCACAGCCACUCGAUGGAUGUUGCCUCCAUGCACCAUCCUUCUUCCCUGGCAUCCACCAGAAGUGCAUCAAUCAGCUCGACCACGACUACCAUGACAACCAGGACUGCCACAACAACGUACACCAGAGAUGACGACGACGAUUCAGACCCCGGUGCCCCAUCGUCCGACAAUAAUGAAUAUCCUGACUCGACUAGCGCCAAUCGCCGUCGCCCUGUAUUCAAAACAGGCCCAUCUCAAAUCUACUGCAAAAAUGAGGUCAAGCUAUUCGACGUCUGUGGACAAUACAUCUGCACCACUUCUCAUGUCACCACCGUCUGGAAUGUUCGAACUGGUGAGCAAAUCAUGGCCCUCAACCACGGUGAAACCACUCGCAUCACAGCCAUUUCCUUCAAGCCCUCGGCCGACAUCAACAACGAAGGCUCAGUCCUCUGGCUAGGUAACCAAUUUGGUGAGUUGAUGGAAAUUGAUAUUCGAUCCCACAGACUCGUGGAAACCCGCUCCAGCGCCCACACCAAACGCGAGAUCGUAAAGAUUCAUCGGCAUGGCUAUGAAUUGUGGAGUUUAGACGACAGUGGCAAAUUGCAAGUCUGGCCGCCAGAUCCUGUAACGAGAGAACCGAAUCUGAGAGGUUCACCGAGGACAUUUAGGGUUAAGUCUGGACACAGCUAUUCUCUGGUCUCCGGCUCACAACUAUGGCUCGCAACUGGAAAAGACGUGAUGGUUUACCAGCCUAGCGCCGAUCCUGGAGUUGGCUUCCAUCUAGUUGAUAGGCCGAUUACUCAAACAAAACACGUUGGAGAAAUUACUUCGGGAGCACUGGUGAACUCGGCACCGGAUAUGGUAUUCUUCGGGCACAACGACGGGAAAGUAUCGAUAUACUCCAAGAAGACCCUGACCUGCUUAGAGGUGGUCAGUGUGAGUCUUUAUAAGAUCAAUACGAUGUCUGGAGUUGGAGAUUACUUGUGGGCGGGGUAUCAGACCGGGAUGAUUUAUGUGUACGAUGUGACUUCGAAGCCUUGGAAAGUUAUCAAAGAUUGGAAAGCACAUGAAAAACCGGUGACGGAAUUGAUUGUCGACCGAAGCAGCAUCUGGAAGAUUAAUCGACUACAGGUCGCAUCGUUAAGCUCAGAAAUGGUAAUUAAAGUGUGGGACGGGAUGAUGGAGGAUGAUUGGCUGGAGGACGAGAUGCAAAGGCGCGAUAUCGACUUCUGCGACUUUAGGCAACUUAAAUUACUGACAUGUUCAUGGAAUGCUGGAGCUUCUAAGCCGUACGAUCUUAGAAGCUACCGUGAUGACGACAAGUUCAUUGCCAAUGUUCUGAGUUCGUGCGAUAGCGAUCCUGAUGUUAUUGUCUUUGGCUUCCAAGAGCUCGUCGACCUCGAGAACAAGAAGCUUACAGCCAAAUCUCUCUUCAAGGGUAAGAAGUCUGAAAAGCACCUCAACGCCGGCGUUCAAGAGCAUAUGAGCCGUCAAUACCGAGUCUGGCAGGAAUACUUAGGCGACUGCAUCGACAAAUUUAUGCAGGGUGAAGUCAAAUACCAAUUGUUGCACUCUGCCAACAUGGUUGGCCUGUUCACUUGUAUCUUUGUGAAAGCUGAGGAGCGUCUGAACAUCCGAAACUUCGGAGCCUGCACUGUCAAGACCGGACUUGGGGGUAUUCACGGCAACAAGGGAGCUCUCGUAACCCGGUUCUUUCUCGAUGAUAGCUCGCUCUGCUUUGUCAACUGCCAUCUUGCGGCUGGUCAAUCGGGAACUCGAAGUCGUAACAAUGAUAUCGCAGAUAUUUUGGAAGCAAACAACCUUUCUGUGGAAACAGAUGCCAGCAUCCGGGCUUACUGCUUCGUUGGCGGCGGCGAUGGCAGCCGUAUCCUUGACCACGAAAUUUGUGUUCUCAAUGGCGAUCUUAACUACCGUAUUGACCAUCAACACCGCGAUAGCGUUAUCAAUACCAUCAAACACGAUGAUUAUGAGAAACUUUUGGAACGGGACCAGCUCCUCAUGGAACGAAAGAGGAACCCUGGAUUCCGCCUCAGAUCCUUCAACGAAGCUCCGAUUACGUUCCCGCCGACAUACAAAUAUGAUGUGGGGACUGAUACCUACGAUACAUCGGAAAAAAAGCGGAUGCCAAGUUGGUGCGAUCGAAUCCUUUAUCGAGGGUUGGGUAGAAUCCGACAGACCGAUUACAGGAGACAUGAAGUGCACACUUCGGACCACAGGCCAGUUAGUGCUGUGUUCCAGCUGAGGGUCAAGACGGUCAAUAAGAGGAAGAGAGAGGAAGUUAUGAGGAGUGUGGAACAGAAAUACACGGAUGUGAAAUUGACACAUGUUUACGAGGCUAAACUAGAUUAUUUGAUCAAUGUUUGCGGGUAUCCAGAAGCCAUGGCGAAGAAGAGCCUGGUGGCGGAAGCGGUGGAGCACGGGGAAGCGUCGGCAAAGUAG